UCCCUCCUUGUCAUUCUCUCACUGCCCUUCCCUCCCCGCUAACUCGUGGAAGCAGAGACGUUGGAGCCGCUCUGCCCGGACACAUCGCAGGGUUUUCGGCUCGUCAUUGAGGAUGUGUUUUGGAGGUUGAUCAGAGUUGCUUGCUGCAGCAUCUUCCCUGACUGUCCGAAAUGUUUGUUGUUCUCAGAAUGAAAAGGGGAAUCAUCUAGGAUCAAAGCAAUGGCUGUCCAGGCUGGCAUUCAGGUGUGGUUUGGGGAGAAGUUUGACGCCCCCUCACUGAGCCCCAAGAGCCCGCGCAGCCCAUUAGUGCAGCGGCACGGCCCCGGCCUCACAGACGUCUUCCAGUAUGACCAGUGGCUGGCGGUGCGGCACGAGGCCACGCUGGUGCCCAUGCAAGAGGACCUGGCCAUAUGGCUCACUGGCAUGCUGGGAGAGGAGGUGAGAGCCGAGGUUUUCAUGGAGGACCUGAAUAAUGGUGUGAAGCUGUGCAAGCUUAUCGGUGUGCUGCAGACCAAGAUCGCCGAGAGCUGCCCCUCUGCGCUUAGCAAGCUGUUUCCUACAAGGAAGAUAGCAUGCAAGCGGGAUGCCUCUCCAGGCUCCUUCUUUGCUCGCGACAACACCGCCAACUUCCUGGCCUGGUGCCGACACAUCGGUGUGGAGGAGACCUACUUGUUUGAGUCGGAAGGCCUCGUGCUGCACAAGGAGCCUCGACAGGUUUGCCUCUGUCUGCUGGAGAUCGGUCGCAUCAUCUCCAAGUACGGCGUGGAGCCUCCUGUGCUGGUGAAGCUGGAGAAGGAGAUCGAAAUGGAGGAGACUCUGCUCUUGACAGAGGAGCCGCCUCCGGCGGUUAAAACCUUCAGCGUGUGCUGCCAGCACGGCGGCCUCUACCAACCCGGGGAGCAUGACAUGGACAACCCACCCUGCAACUGCUCUAACAGAGUGUCCAUCGAGUACCUGUCUGAGGGACGCUACAGACUCGGAGAUAAGACCAUCUUCAUUCGGAUGCUUCAUGGCAAACAUGUGAUGGUGCGCGUCGGUGGCGGCUGGGACACCCUCCGAGGUUUCCUGCUGAAAUACGACCCGCUGCGGGUGCUGCAGUUCACCACUCUGGAGCAGAAGAUCCUGGCCUUCCAGAAAGGCCCCCCAGGCCUCGGGGGUCAUCAUGGGAGUUCAGCUCCUCCUCCUGACAUGGACCCGCUCGCUGCUGUCACUGAUCUCAUGUCACCUUCAUCCUCCUCUUCAUCUUCUUCUUGUUCUACCUCUUCCACCUCUUCAACUCAAGCCUGUAAGCCAGCGUCUGUGUCCGCCGUAGGUCAGACGUGUCGGUCCUACAAUGCCUCUCCAGCCUGCACGCCCACAAUGCCCAGGAAGGGUUCAGUGUGUGCACCUAAGAAGAACCUCCAGAUGACUGGGUCUUUCCCCAGGAAGCCUACCCAGCUUCCUCUGCCUGUGACCCUCAAAGGUUACUCCUCUAAGCCCCACGCGCCUGUGGGAAGCACUUCCAGGCAGUCUCCUAGCCCUGGGUGUCAGGGUAGAGCUCUGACUCCUGCCGCAGCUCCAUCACCUGCUGCUGUGGAUCCAAGCUCCACCUCCAAAUUGAAGCUCAGACCACGACCUCACUGUGCCUCCUCUCAGCCCAGGAGCCCCGUCUGCCCUGAGCCAUCCUCCAAAUGUCCCAAACCCUCCAGCCCCAGCACCUCUCCCACCUUGGUCCCAGUGCUGCGCCCUAUCACUGCAGCAGUACAGUCAGCUACCUCUAAAGACGCCCGCCCUCCAUUGGGCGCCAGUCAGCGCUCUCGUCUAGCACAGCGCUGUCCUGGCUCCUCGGCUUCGCGCCUCCGUCUCGAGGCAGUGAAGCGAGCGAAGACGGCCUCAAGAGCUGCAACUCCAACUCUCAGAUCAGCAACAACGACCCCUUCACAGUCCCGCACACCCACCCCCUGCUCACGGACAGCCUCUCCAGCACCGGCUAAACCUGCCUGCUCCCUGCCAAAAAGCAAGGAGGCAACGGUCAAAGCUAAGGGACCGGCCCUCAACAAAGCAGCCGCCACCCCCUCACGCAGUACUGCCGACUCCCCCGGGCGGGUCCCAGGGGGCAACUCGGGCCCUUCUGCUUCCAGCAAAGCCAAUCAGAAAACAGCAGUCACAGCUCAGAGGGCAGGGCGAAAACAAGCAGCCGCAACUAACGCCAUCAAGCCGACUCUAAAACCGGAACCCGCCCAGGCACCGCAGAACUCCUGCCCCAACAUUAGAGCUGUUAAAACAGAGCCCAGCGUCAGGAAGAAGGUCCCACAACUGAAAGGGAAAAGCGAGGAGCCUUAUUUUGAAAUGAGCAGUAAGAGGAGGCAGAAGACGUAACCAGCAGGCUGGGUCAAAGAUGCAUCGUUUGUGUCAUCUUUGUUCCGAUUCGGAUGGAGGGAACCCAGGUAAGGCCACUUCUGCCCCGUUUUCCUCAGCAGGUUACCAAAGUUGUGACAUUUUAUUCCCCUCGGUGAGAAUUCUCGUUCCACUGGUGAACAGUCUGACCUAGAGCUUGUUUUAUUUUGUAUAAAUAUCUAGGUAGGAGGUGACAUCAUUAUGAACAAUCCUCCCUGUUGUGUGCCUUCAUCAGAAAUCCCUUGUUUCUGAGUGGCAUUAGAAUGUAUUAGACGUUGGAGGGUUAAAGUUGUUUUUUUUUUUUUUUUUUUUUAAUAUAACUGAUGACAAUUGCACAAUACGUAUGAGCACUCAUAACUGUGGGUAGUCAAAGAAAAGCCCAAGUUGAUGAACUACUGAUCAAACGCCGCUCUUUCAGGCACCCUGGAGGCCGACAUCAUUUUGGAGCAGAGUCUACUUGGUAUAGAUUUUUUUUUUUUUUUUUUUUUUUUAAAUAUAUAUAUAUCUAUAUGAGACUUCUAAAUCUCUUUUGUGUGUAUUAAAAAUCUAGUUUUCUA